AUGUCGACCACACCGUGGGAUUACAUCGCCAAACUCGUCUGCAUCGGCGACUCAGGAUGCGGCAAGUCUAGUCUUACCAUUCGUCUCUGCGAAGGACGCUUUUCGCCUCAUCACGACGUCACCAUUGGCGUUGAAUUCGGCUCCCGUAUCGUCCCCGUCGGCCCUCCCCACUCAAAAGUCGGCGCUGCCAACUCUUCAGACCCCGAUAACCAGGACCAAGAAGCCGACGGUCUUCCUGAACCUCCUCGGGAUGACUCCAACACGCCCCAGAAGCAUAUGAAGCUUAGUCUUUGGGACACAGCUGGUCAGGAGACGUACAAGUCUGUCACUCGAUCUUACUUCCGAGGCGCAAGCGGUGCCUUGUUGGUCUUCGACCUGUCUCGAAAGCAAACCUUUCAGCAUGUUACAGACUGGCUUAAUGAUCUACGACAGAUCGCCGAGCCCGAUAUUGUGGUUAUCCUGGUUGGCAACAAGGCAGAUCUGACACAACAGGAGGACAACAAGCGUGAGGUCACACGCGAGGAGGCAGAGGAGUGGGCCAAGCGUAAUGGCGUUAUGGAAUACGUCGAGACAAGCGCAAAGAGUGGCGAGAAUGUGGAAAAGGCUUUCAUGCGGGUAGCAGAGAGGAUAUACAACAACAUCCAGGCGGGCAAGUACGAUCUUAACGACAGAAGAUCCGGGGUCAAGGGUGCAGGCGCUGGUGGAACUCGCCAAGUCAAGCUAUCUGGAGAUGCCAAUAAGUCAGCGGGAGGUGGCUGUUGUUAG